CGGGGCUGCUUUUGGAGGAAGUUGCUGCGAAAAACACAGAGGAACUGCGAGGUUAGGUUCAGGUAAAAAAAAAAAAAAAAAAAGAAGAAGAAGAAAAGAAGAAGUAGAGUUUCGUGUAUUUUGUGAGUCAGUCGUCAGUGGGGUGCAGUGAUGUCUCGCGGCGCUCUGCUCGUGCCUUUGCUGGCCGUGUCUCUCCUGGGCUCGUGGGCUCAGUAUGCUCCAGAUGAGGUGACCGACCUGCCAGGUAUGACGUUCAAACCCAACUAUCGCCAAUGGUCCGGAUACCUGCAGGGACGGCCGGGGAAGUUCCUCCAUUACUGGUUUGUAACCUCUCAAAGAGACCCAGUGAAAGACCCCGUGGUGCUGUGGCUGAAUGGAGGACCAGGCUGCAGCUCACUCGAAGGAUUCUUGUCAGAGAACGGACCCUUCCAUGUAAACAGUGAUGGGGCCACAUUGUACCAGAACCCAUUCAGCUGGAACAAGAUUGCCAAUGUACUGUAUUUAGAAUCUCCUGCAGGAGUUGGAUAUUCCUACUCUGAUGACCAAAAAUAUGCAACUGAUGACGACCAGGUGGCUGAAGAUAAUUAUCGGGCCCUACAGAGUUUCUUUGCAAAAUUUCCUAACUUCACUCAGAAUGAGUUCUUCAUCUUUGGAGAGAGUUAUGGUGGGAUAUACGCACCGACACUGAGCCUGCGUGUGGCUACAGGAACGGUAAAAAUCAACUUCAAGGGCUUUGCGGUGGGAAAUGGUCUCAGCAGCUUCGCUCUCAAUGACCAGACAUUGAUCUACUUCGGUUACUACCACGGCCUCUUUGGAGAAGAUUUAUGGCGUGACUUGAACAUCAACUGCUGUGAGAAGGGAAAGUGUAACUUCUACAAUUCCUCUUCAGAUGAAUGUGCAGUACAGGUGAAUGUUGCCUUUAAUAUUGUGUACAACAGCGGCCUGAACGAGUAUGCCCUCUACCUGGAUUGUGUGGGUAGAAGAAGAUUUCACAGAGGCUAUGAGAUGACCAUGAGUCACCUGUUCAAAAACUAUAGGAAACACUUCCACAUGCACAAGUUUCCGGUCUGGAUGACUCCUUCUCUUUCUGAAGUCCCUCCCUGCAUUGACAGUAGAGCUCAGUCUAAGUGGCUGAACCGAGGCGAUGUGAGAAAAGCCUUACACAUUGCUGAUAUACUGCCACCAUGGGACCUCUGCAGUGACACUGUAGGUGAGAAUUAUACCAACCAGUACCCGACUGUGAAGAACGUGUAUCUGAAGCUGCUUUCUUUGGGCCUUCGGGCUCUUGUCUACAACGGAGACACAGACAUGGCCUGCAACUUCUUGGGAGACCAGUGGUUUGUGGAAGACCUUGGCCUAAAGCCCACUACUAAGUACCAGACUUGGCUUCAUGAGGACCAGAUUGCUGGUUUCUACCAACAGUUCGGAAACAUCACAUUCCUCACAGUUAAGGGUGCAGGUCACAUGGUUCCUCAGUGGGCUCCAGGGCCAGCGUUCCACAUGUUCCAGUCAUUCAUAACAAAUGGUUCCUACUGAGUCACGGAGCUCACAUCGGCUUUUGUGUCAAACCUGCACUCAUCACUUGGAAGAGGGUUCGUUUUUCUCAGGGAAAAGGACUAUGAGGGCACUUGACUCAUGUCAUUUGUGUUGUAUGCAUUUACCCUGCGUGACUCUGCUUUGCAUCACACAUAUUGAAAUGAAAUUAUUCAGCUUCUAGCUUCACAGGGAACUUUGAUCGUAAUUGGCCAAACAUUUUCUCCAGGACAAAGGUCGGAGAAAACGGCUGUUUAAUUGAAUGUAGAUCUGUUUCUAAUUGGAUAUCUGUGAAUAUUUUUAUUUAUGUCUACCCGAUGAUGCUCUGCCUGCUCUUAACUGAACCAUCUGCAACUAUUACGACUUCUUUAGGCGACCAUAGCUUCAAUCUGAUUUUUAUUGAGUGACAAAUACUGGUUAAUUACUUCCGCCAAGGAGGUUAUGUUUUUGCCAGGGUUUGUUUGUUUGUCUGUCUGUUAGUGUGCAACAGAACUCAAAAAGUUAUGGACAGAUUUGGAUGAAAUUUUCAGGGUUUGUUGGAAAUGGGAUAAGGAAGAAAUGAUUAAAUUUUGGUGGUGAUCGGGGGUGGGGGGGCCACUGAUCAGCCUUGGCGGAGGUCUGCGCUCUCCGAGUGCUUCUAGUUUGAUCUAAUUUUAGCCUGUCAAGUCUUAAAACAUCUUUUUGGCCUUAUUUUGAUGAUUUCAAAAUGUUAUAGGGAAACUUUUCACAACAAACUCAAUGCUGGGACUUUUUCAUUUUAUAUGUAAUUCACAACAGAAACUGAUCUGAAGUGUAAAUAAUCUGUGUAAAAUAAAACCUUUUUGUUUUUAUGACUGAGCAAAAAUGCAAGUGAAUUAAGUACCAGAAGGAGAUUGUCACAAUGAUUCUUAGAGUGUGUGUAUUAAAUCUAACUUUGCCUCAUUUGUCUUUUUAUUGAAUGGUAUUAAAAACCAUCUGCGACA